CGAACUACCCAAAAGACCACGGGGGCUUUAUGUGACGUGGGAAGAUCACCACCCUCCAUGAACCACCCCACUGGCCCAGAUCAUUUCACAGGGGCGGGAAUACGUAAAAUUUAGGCUUAAUCUGGCGGGAAAUUGUGGUCAUCUAUUACACAACCAUUAUUAAUACAGAGCCCCUUCUCUCUCUCUCUUCUUUCUCUCUCUACACAACUCGAUUUCGUCUUUUUUACGUAGUCAAAUAUCAUCUUCUCUUGCUAAGAUGGGGAAGAGAAAGAAAACUAGGGUUUCAGAAGAAAGUUUAGAGAAGGAAGAAGAAGAGCUUGGAAAACGGGAUACUAUGAACAGACCUCCCUCAGAUGAGAAGAGCUUGUACGAGAGAGGAUGGGGCGGGCUUCCCUCGGUCUACCCUGGGUUUUUGAAAGUAGGCAUUAAGAUUCUUGGGGUGGAAAGAACAGCAUCUCAGCAGGAAAUAAAGAAAGCAUACUACAAGUUGGCAUUACGGCUGCAUCCUGAUAAGAAUCCCGGCAAUGAGGAGGCCAAGGAGAAAUUUCAGCAACUGCAAAAGGUGAUAUCAAUUCUUGGUGAUGAGGAGAAACGGGCACUCUAUGAUCAGACUGGUUGUGUUGAUGAUGCGGACCUUGCAGGGGAUGUUGUUCAGAAUUUAAAGGAGUUUUUCCAAGCUAUAUACAAAAAGGUUACUGAGGCUGAUAUUGAAGAGUUUGAAGCUAACUACAGAGGAUCUGACUCGGAGAAAAGUGAUUUGAUUGAUUUGUACGAGAAGUACAAGGGUAAUAUGAACAGGCUCUUCUGUUCAAUGCUAUGCUCAGAUGCCAAGUUGGAUUCUCAUCGAUUCAAGGAUAUUCUGGAUGAGGCCAUAGCUACAGGAGAGCUGAAGCCAACGAAAGCAUAUAAGAAAUGGGCUAAGCAAGUAUCUGAAACAAAACCUCCUACAAGUCCUUUAAGACAGAGGCAGAAAUCAAAGAAAGAGUCAGAAGAUUUAUAUGCCAUUAUCUCAAAGCGCCAAAAUGAUAGGAGAGGCCGAGUUGAUUCCAUGUUAUCCUCUUUGAUGAGCAAAUAUGGUGGAGGCGAACCAUCUUCAGAACCGAGUGAAGAAGAAUUUGAAGCUGCUCGGAAGAAAAUUGAAAGUCGGAAGACGGCCAAAAAUUCAAACGGUAAGUAACUGCACUUGAAAACAUUGUGUUCUAUUUUCCUGUAAAAAUUGAAUCCUGUUCAAUGUCUUCAUGUAUCUGUAUUUGGCAGCUAAUUAUUUGCUGGUGUUAUUGUUUUUUCCGUCACAAAUAUUUCUUCUGAUUCUCUAUACCUAGUUGUGGCUGGUAGGUCUUGGUUUUCAAGAUCUUACAACCAGAAGGCUGUGCUUGGAAGAUGUCCUAGGUGUCAACUCUAAUAUAAAUUUUAGGAUUAGCAGGCACAAGAUUGAAACCCAUACCUUGGGCAAAGUUUUUCAAUAAGCAUUCAUUUA